AGUAGAAGGCGGGGGCGGUUCAGGAGCGUUCUGUCGCCGCUGCGUCUUUCGCGGAAGUUCCUGAAUGGCGGUGGCGGCCCUCAAUCGCAGGCGCUGAGCUUCGCCUCCUGCUUCCUUUGCUUUCCCGCCGCUAUAGAAGCGACGCCACUUUUUUCGGGCACGCCGACCGGGCGCUUGGAUAGGCUUCGUCGGUCUUCUCGCUGGGCUCCUUUGGGGAGGAGGGUGCAACCUCGCGGCGCGCAGAACCGGAUCCUUUUGAACACGAGUUGAUAGGAUUUUUCCGCAGACCCGGCUGGCCGAAGGAGCGGCUUUCACAUCCAUUAGCGAGCCUUAACGCCUGCCCAAGGCUUUCGCUGCUAGAAGUUGUUACAGAGCACUUGAAAGAUACCAAAAUGAGCCUACGGAAACAAACUCCAAGUGAUUUCUUGAAGCAAAUCAUAGGAAGACCAGUUGUUGUAAAAUUAAAUUCUGGAGUUGAUUACCGAGGUGUACUAGCCUGCUUGGAUGGCUACAUGAAUAUUGCUCUGGAACAGACAGAAGAGUAUGUAAAUGGACAAUUGAAAAAUAAAUAUGGAGAUGCCUUCAUCAGAGGAAAUAAUGUCUUAUAUAUAAGUACACAGAAGAGGAGAAUGUGAGCCUAUCUGAAGAUGGAGUAUUUCAUAUUAACUUUUCUUAAUAAUUGUUUUGUUUCUUCCUUCUGUUGUAAAGUUAUAUAACCUGUAUGGAAAUGAUGUUGUUUUUAAAUGUUAAAACAAAAUGGAACAUUUUCCUGUUUCAAUAUUGUUUGUAUUAUAAUUUGGAAAGAAAUAAAAAAAAUGGAAA